AUGCUCAAGUUGAAGUUGAACUUGGCUGCAGCUAAGAAGAAGGGAGUAGCUGUGGACCAGAAGACUGCAGCUAAGAAGAAGGGAACUGCAGCUAAGAAGAAGGGAGUAGCUGUGGACCAGAAGACUGCAGCUAAGAAGAAGGGAGUAGCUGUGGACCAGAAGACUGCAGCUAAGAAGAAGGGAGUAGCUGUGGACCAGAAGAUUGCAGCUAAGAAGAAGGGAGUAGCUGUGGACCAGAAGACUGCAGCUAAGAAGAAGGGAGUAGCUGUGGACCAGAAGACUGCAGCUAAGAACAAUGAUGUGCGGGGGAGGAGUGGUAUGGGAGGAGGAGUGGUGGGGAGGAGUGGCAGGGGAGUGGCAGGGGAGGAGGAGUGGCGGGGGGAGGAGAGGAGUGGCGCGGGAGGGGAGGAUUGGGAGGGGAGGAGUGGCGGGGGAGGAGGAGUGGCGGGGGAGGACUGGUAUGGGAGGAGGAGUGGUGGGGAGGAGUGGCAGGGGAGUGGCAGGGGAGGAGUGGCAGGGGAGGAGUGGCAGGGGAGGAGGAGUGGCGGGGAGGAGGAGUGGCGGGGGAGGUGGAGGAGUGGCGGGAGAGGAGGAGUGGCGGGGAGGAGGAGUGGCGGGGGAGGUGGAGUGGCGGGGGAGGUGGAGUGGCGGGGGAGGAGUGGAGGAGGAGUGGCGUUGGGUCUAGUAUAG